UGCCUUUCUGGAGUGCUCCGUGUCACGCUUGGACAGGGAACCAUGAGGCUCUGUCUCUGCUUCGUGUUGCUCGCUGUUAUUGUGUGUGCAAGUGCUGACAACCCAUUUACACGUGGUGGAAGAUUUGUCUUGGAUGCAGCUGGAGGAGCAUGGGACAUGCUCAGAGCAUACCGGGACAUGCGUGAGGCAAACAAUGUAGGUGCUGACAAAUAUUUCCAUGCUCGUGGCAAUUAUGAUGCUGCUCGAAGAGGACCUGGUGGUGCUUGGGCAGCCAGAGUGAUCAGUGAUGCUCGUGAAAACUGGCAAGGCGGCGUGAGCGGCAGAGGCGCCGAAGACACCCGUGCCGACCAAGAGGCGAACGCGUGGGGCCGCAACGGCGGGGACCCCAACCGCUACAGACCCCCGGGCCUUCCCAGCAAAUACUAACGCGCGGUGUGCCCCUUCCCCCUCCCUCACACCUUCCUCCCCAAUAAAGAAACCGCCAAUAUUUCCUGA